AUGGAGAACGCGUAUGACAGGCGGUCUCCAGAGUGGGCGAGCUACGUUACCGUGCCGGAUGAGAACAACGUUUCCCAGCCGGUGGUCCCUGGCUUGUGGUGCCCCACAGACGGUAUCGACGACGCCAAGCUGGACGAAUCCUCCUUCAGCUUCACCUACUGCAAAGCUGCACAAGUCGGUGGCACGUACGAGUUCCACUGGGUCUUCUCUACUGGAGGACCGGGCAAGCUGCAGGAGGAUGGUAGCGAGGGGGAGCUGGGCAUCACGGCCGGCUUGGGCGGCGCCUUCACGCGCACCAACAACGCAAUCUGCCUCAUCGUCAACGACCCUUCGCUGAACGAUUACGUGGAUGCCCAAAACCGGACAUUCCUGGAGCAGUGGCAGCAACCUCCUGCCGGCUCCGCUGUGCGGUACGUGGGCUCCACCACUGGGCCCUCUUACGACGACGAGGUCUGCUCGCCGGUGGAGGUGAACUGGCACGUGGACCAAAGGUGCUGCAUCUUGUCCGCUCAGGCCAUGGACAACCUCUGCAAGGACAUGAUAGAUGCUGGGCUGGAGGCCGACGUCUCGCCGAAGGGCUCACGCCGGCCCGUGGACCGACGCUGGGUCUCGGAUGUGCCUCCGCCUUCACAGACUUUCUUUCAUGGGCAUCGCGUGUCGCACGUGUCACGGCACGUGCGUCGGACGUCACGAGGUGACCUUCCCGCUGGUCCCGCAGGGUGCCGGCAUCGUGCAGCAGCGCUAGGGGCGGCUGCAUCCGAAGAUGGAAUGCAAACUGCUCUCCAGACUUGUGGAGUUUGCGACGGGCCAGCGAACUUGGGUGACGGCCCAGAUCUUUUAGAACCCGCCCGUCGCACUGUGCAUUUUUGUUGGAUGGCCCUUUAG